CGUGAGCAGCCAUUGUACUGACCAGGAGGGGCGUUUCUUCUAUGUUGAGGGGCGGAGUAGUGGGUGUGGCCCUAACAGUCGGGGGCUGGCUUGUUCCAUUGGCAGUGUUGUCGGUGGUUCUUCCGGCCGAUCAUGGCCGCCGUCAUGUCACCGGCAAGGCCUCCGUGCGACAGUGAUCCGGCCACCCCUGCAGCGCCAUCCCUCAAGGAAGAUAAUUCAAAUGAUGGUCGAGAUCUGGAAGAAUAUUCCAAUGAUGGAAGUCAGCCCCCCAAAAGAAGACGUACGGCUUCUGGAGAAAGCUCGCCAAGUUGUGAAAAUUCUAACCAAGAUUUUGGGGGAUGUACCUGGCUAUCUGCAAGUACCACUAGCAAAUCAGCGUUGAAUAGAUUGAUAGUCAAAUCCAGCUAUUUCCCUGCAGAAAAUCUAGUUGAAUACAAAUGGCCAUCAGAUGAAACAGGGGAGUACUACAUGUUACAAGAGCAAGUCAGUGAAUAUUUGGGUGUCACCUCUUUCAAGCGUAAAUACCCAGAUUUUGAGCGAAGAGAUCUUUCACACAAGGAGAAACUUUACCUGAGAGAGCUAAACGUCAUUACAGAAACGCAGUGUACAUUAGGUCUGACAGCUUUGAGAAGUGAUGAAGUAAUUGACCUCAUGAUAAAAGAGUAUCCUACCAAGCAUGCAGAGUACUCUGUAAUUCUUCAAGAAAAAGAACGCCAGCGCAUUACAGAUCAUUACAAGGAAUACUCGAUAACUACUGAAGAGAUUCAGAAUGAAGUAUGUGAUCAGGAUGAAACAGGGAAACAACAGCAACAACAGAACACACAAAAGGUGGAAGCGAGUAAAGUACCAGAGUAUAUCAAAAAAGCUGCAAGGAAAGCCGCAGAGUUUAACAGUAACUUAAAUCGUGAACGGAUGGAGGAAAGAAGAGCCUAUUUUGAUUUGCAGACACAUGUAAUCCAGGUACCUCAAGGAAAGUACAAGAUUCUGCCUACAGAAAUUACUAAAGUAAGCCCUUACCCUGUUUCCCUUAUACCUGGACAGUUUCAGGAGUAUUAUAAAAGGUAUUCCCCAAAUGAGCUCCGGUACUUGCCAUUAAACACUGCUCUGUAUGAGCCACCGCUAGAUCCUCUGGAUCCUGAACUGCUGGCACUUGAUAGUGACGGAGAUUCUGAUGAGAUUGAUGAAGGACGUGAAAAGAAGAAACCCAAAUCUUCAGUAAGACAGGACAGUUCAUCUGGUAAUGUGUCGGAUGGUGACAAUGUACAGGAUAUCCAGGAGGAAUCAUUUCAGGGAAAACCCAAGGCAAAAGAGAAAUCAACCCCUAAAAAGGAAGGCACCAAACGUUCUGUACUGUCCAAAUCAACUGGGUACAAGGUAGAAGAAAAAAGCCCCUGACUCGGCUUCUUUACUGACAAGCCUUUCUACCUGAAAUUCUUUUGCUUUUUAAUUUUUCCCCCCUAUUUUUAAACACUGACUUAAUUUUUAUUACUUUUUAAUUAUACACUUAAUAUAUAUUUUUCUAAUUUAUUUUUACUUCCAAGCAUAUCUUUACUUCUCUCAUUUUUUUUUUUUUCUUCUUCUUUUCCCAUUUUUUUCCCCUUUCUAUAACCCUUUCUACUUUGUUUCACUUGGGGCCUUUCAAUAACCUUUUACUUUUGGAGUCCUAUUGAACUCAUUGGGCUUUCCAAGAUCAUUCCAAGUACCAGAUUUUAAGGUUUAACAUCCUCUUUAUUUCUUCCAGACUGAUCGCAAUGCUGUGCUACAAAACAGUUGUGGUACUUUUGCGCGCAUUACCAAAAAUGGGAAACUCUGUAUAAAUAUGACUAAUAUGUGAGACUGAUUUUAUUCCUUGAUUAUUUUAUUUCCUUUUUGGCAUUACAUUUUAUUUAGGCAAGGCACACUUUCUAUAGUUUUGUUAUAUCUUUUCCUUAACGUUAGGCAUGAAGUGAAAUUGUAAGCUCUGUUUUAUAGUGUGAACCAAAAAUGUGUACACAGAUAUCUGUACGUCUUCAAGAAAAUGUUUAACUAUUGGUGAAGAUGAAGAGUUCAUGUAGACCAUUUGUUUAUUUGCAAAGUCCCUAGUGCUGGGUGGUCUUCCUUCUUCCACAUAGUAUUAAGAUAUUCUGCAUUUUAUUUUAGGUAUUUAUUCAUUUCUAAUAUGUUUUAAAAGCACCUUUUAUCUUAAGAUGAUACAGAAAUGGCAAUCUGAACUCCAAAUGAACAUUUCCUGCAUAAUCUCUUCUCCGGAGACAACAGGGAGAAAUUGAAUGACUAUUGUUGCUCUGUAGUGUAGAAAGGGAUAUUCUAAUCUCUAAAAGUUUUCCCCUAUCCUGUGGAGCGAAGGAAUCUGCGUUGUUCAGAAGACACAAGAUUGGCUAGCGCGCUAUUCUUUUUCUUGUGAUUGGUGGGGUGCUUCAUCGAUUGAACCCCUGACAAUCAGCAUAAGGGAUAGGGGAGAACCUUUUGCCUUGAGUCCAGAGCAGUGUUCGAUAGCAAAUGUGGGACCUCCGUGGCUUCUCUUAAAGGGGUUAUCAGUCAUUUUGCUAAAAUGUAUAUCCUUCUGGGGCUUGGGAAAAUGUAGAAUUUCCCCCAUCCCUAUCCAGAUCCUGUUUGGCUAAUUUCAAUCCCCCAAUCUUCUCUCUUCCUCCUGCGUUUGACACAAAAGCUUGUUGUAUGACCUGCCCAUUCAGCCAAUCACUGGUCGAGACAUGACACUACUGUGCCAGUGAUUAGCGGAGAGGGCGGGUUCUGCAAGAACCACUUAUAUCGGAAGCAAGAGGAAAGCAGAAGAAAGUAAAGUUCACACCUUUUAAGUACUGUCCCUUCUUUAUUUCUUUGGUGCACACUGUGGACACUGGUGUGGUGUUUUUCUAAUGUUGUCCAGCACUGUUUUCCCUUUUUUUUUGUUAUCUGUAAGGCUGUGUUCAUAUCACGUUUUCUCCCAUAAGGGAGCGCAUACGGCCGGGGGGGAGCAAAAACCUCGUUCU